AUGGAAAGGGGAAAUCUAACAGUUAUCGGUGAAUUUGUCCUUCUGGGACUUUCCAGUUCUGUAGAGCAGCAACACCUCUUGUCUGUACUCUUCCUCUGUAUGUACUUAGUCACUGUGUCAGGGAACAUCCUCAUCAUCUUGGCCAUUGGCUCUGACUCUCGCCUGCAUUCCCCUAUGUAUUUCUUUCUUAGCAACUUGACCUUUGUUGACAUCUGUUUUACUUCCACUGUAAUCCCCCGAAUGGUAGUGAACAGCUUGACUGGUACAUGGACUAUCUCCUUUUCAGGCUGCCUCACUCCUUUUUUCUUCAUUUCUUUAGUGAAUAUGAACAGCCUCCUUCUCUGUGUGAUGGCAUAUGAUAGGUAUGUGGCAAUAUGCCACCCUGUACAUUAUACCACCCUAAUGAAUCCUCGGCUCUGUGUCCACUUGGUGGCUGGACCCUGGGUAGUUACCUAUCUUCAUGCCCUUCUACACACUGGACUAAUGGCACGUCUGUCCUUCCGUGCAUCCAACAUCAUCCAUCAUUUUUUCUGUGAUCUCAACCCACUCCUGCAGCUCUCUUGCUUUGAUGUCUCCGUCAAUGUGAUGGCCAUUUUUACAGUGGGAAGUCUAUUGGCUCUCAUACCCCUUGUCUGCAUCCUCAUAUCUUAUGGAUUUAUCUUCUCCACCAUCCUGAAGAUAACUUCUACUCAAGGGAAACAGAGAGCCUUUUCCACCUGUGGCUGCCACCUGUCAGUGGUGGUGGUGUUCUAUGGCACAGCCAGUGCUGUUUACUUCAGCCCGGCCUCCUCUCAUACCCCUGAGAGAGACACUCUGUCAGCCAUCAUGUAUACCGUGGUGACUCCAGUGCUGAACCCUUUCAUCUAUAGUCUAAGGAAUAAGGAUAUGAAGAGAGCACUACAGAAAACAUUUUGUAAGGGCAGAGUCUUUUACCAAAAAUCAUGA